AUGAUUCCGUGUUAUCCAAUUAAUCGCAAAAUGAGCAAGCAUGAAAUACUACGUGGAGCGAUUCGUUAUUUACAAAUUCUUGAGUAUUUACUCGGAAUGCGCAGCAGUUUUGUCUAA